AAUUUAAAUUAAAGACAAUAACCAACACAUCGGUAUCGCCACUUUGCAGGUUAAAAAAAAUAUGUGCACGACGCGCGCGCAAAUCCAAUAGUAGGCUGAGGAGCACGGUCUUGAAGAAUUCCAUAUUCCUUGUAAUCUCUGGUAAUCCGUUCAUUAUGAAAUCGUGAAUAAAUUCGUUAUCAUCAACACAGAUUUUUAAAUCGAUGGAAUCACAGAAAGUUCAAAGCCACAACUAAAGCGAAAAAAAGAAGCAUUAGCCCACAGCUUCGGCUUUUUCACAUUGGCUUUUUCUGCUUUUAGUUUCUGUAAAUUAAUGCCCUUCCCAUCGCCAUCGUCACUUCAGCACUUAUCAUCAUCACCAUGUUCCUAAUCGGGACAUAUUCCCAGACCUAACUCUUACCAAGGCGAGAAUUAUGAAAUGGCCGAUCAAUCCAACCCGGAUCCAGAAAAGGCAGAAUAUAAGGGAGUGGUGAGACGGUAUUGGAAAAGCUCAAAAGCGGAGCAUUAAGUGCAACUUCAAGCUAAUUCUGUAAACCCAAACAACCACAGCAACAAAUAGAUGAUGGAUAACCGCUACAAUUACAAUAACGGCAAUCCUUACCUCCAGAAUGCACCGGUUCCUGCUUCUAAUGGAUACGGGCCAUAUGGGAGACGGCCGAUGAGUGGGAUAUGCGAUGUGUUGAAUCGAUGUGGGAAAAGGGUUGAAGAUGUCACUAGGAAAGCAGAGGUCUACGCAGAUAACGUCUGGCACCAUCUCAAAGUUAGUUCCAGUUUCACAGAUGCAGCAAUGGCAAGGAUUGCUCAAGGGACAAAGGUUCUCGCUGAAGGAGGGCAUGAUAAAGUAUUCCAGCAGACAUUUGGGAGCUUGCCUGGAGAGAAGCUCGUGAAGGCCUAUGUUUGCUAUCUGUCAACAAUCUCUGGCCCUGUGAUUGGGACGCUUUAUAUAUCCACUAAAAGACUGGCCUUUUGUAGUGAUAAUCCCGUCUGCUACUAUUCUCACACUGGACAGCAGCAAUGGAUGUAUUACAAGGUGGUGGUGCAGCUGGAUAAGUUGAGAACGGUAAAUCCUUCUUCAAGCAGAAUGAACCCUUCUGAAAAAUACAUCCAAAUUGUGACAACAGAUGAUCAUGACUUCUGGUUUAUGGGAUUUAUAUCAUAUGACAAAGCACUCAAGCAAUUAACUGAGGCUUCACAGCGCCCUCGUGACUCUUCUGGGGAAUUCCUUGUCAAUGUGGAAUAGGAUACGAACCCUCGUUUUCUUCCUCUCCCUAUUGCUGAUGGUAAUGACGGAAGAAUAUUUAAGGACGUACUGUGACAUAAGGCUGCUCAAGGAUGUAGUAUGAUAUUCAAAACUUACUGUAAUGAUGUAGGUGCGUGGUUGUCCAUGUUGAGUUUUAAUGUUUUAAUCCAUCAAUGAGUUGGGAAUGCUUA